AUGCAGGUUGGAUUGAAUGCAUGGUUUUGCUUAUGUUUUGGAACAAGGCUUUUUAUUAUGCAGCAAGUUUGGGCUUUGAUGUGCAAGGCUGUUUCGGUACAAGCUGGAAUUAAUAUCUUUAGAUUUAUGAAUUGCAUAGCUGAAUUGGAGAACUUUCUUGACACUGUCGCAGAUAGUUGGAGAAAGCCAGUGAAUGGAAGACCGAUGGUUGGAGUAUGGAAAAAACUCCUUGGAUUGCAGCAAAUCCUCAGGAAGCAUUGGGCUAGAGGCAGGCUUGCAAGUUACAGGCUUGAGGUUUGCUUGAAACUGUUUGGAAUUUUGUUUGAGGUUUAUGCAGGUUUGAGCUUUGAACACAGGCUGUUUGUUGUUUUCUUAGGGUCCAAGCUUGGAACAAGCUUCAAUGUUUUAGCAGGUUGCAAGGUUUGA